AUGUACAUCGAGGGUGAUAGUGCUAGUUAUGGUGACACGGCACGUAUCAUCAGUUCAGAGUGCACUGACAUUCAACAUCAGUGUCUUCAGUUUUGGUACCACAUGUACGGUUCCAGUAGCACCAUGGGACUGAGUGUCUACCAUCUGCAGGGAAAUGUGGCCAAAGAGGUGUGGAAGCAGAGAGAAAACCAGGGAAACAUGUGGUACCGUGCACUGGUGGACCUGACACCAACAGGGAAGUUUCAGGUGAUCUUUGAGGGACGUAGAGGAAGCACAUCCCUGUCAGAUGUUUCCAUUGAUGAUGUCUCUCUACACAGAGGAACUUGUGAUGAUUUAACAAACCCAUUGCCACCCGGACCCAUCCAAACUACAACCAGACCUACCCAAACUACACCCAGACCUACCCAAACUACACCCAGACCCAUCGAAACCACAGCUGCACCCAUACAAACUACAACCUCAGAUGGUGGAAGUGCAGUUUGUAGCCUGAACUGUGAUUUUGACGGUGAUAUCUGCGCUUGGAGUCAGAUGCCGACUGAUGCUUUUGAUUGGACAAGACACACAGGCUCCACCCCCUCUUCCAUGACUGGCCCCUCCUCUGACCACACAACAGGAAGUGGUUUCUACAUGUACAUCGAGGGUGAUAGUGCUAGUUAUGGUGACACGGCACGUAUCAUCAGUUCAGAGUGCACUGACAUUCAACAUCAGUGUCUUCAGUUUUGGUACCACAUGUACGGUUCCAGUAGCACCAUGGGACUGAGUGUCUACCAUCUGCAGGGAAAUGUGGCCAAAGAGGUGUGGAAGCAGAGAGAAAACCAGGGAAACAUGUGGUACCGUGCACUGGUGGACCUGAGACCAACAGGGAAGUUUCAGGUGAUCUUUGAGGGACGUAGAGGAAGCACAUCCCUGUCAGAUGUUUCCAUUGAUGAUGUCUCUCUACACAGAGGAACCUGUGAUGAUUUAACAAACCCAUUGCCACCCGGACCCAUCCAAACUACACCUGGACCCAUCCAAACUACAACCAGACCUACCCAAACUACACCCAGACCUACCCAAACUACACCCAGACCCAUCGAAACCACAGCUGGACCCAUACAAACUACAACCUCAGAUGGUGGAAGUGCAGUUUGUAACCUGAACUGUGAUUUUGACGGUGAUAUCUGCGCUUGGAGUCAGAUGCCGACUGAUGCUUUUGAUUGGACAAGACACACAGGCUCCACCCCCUCUUCCAUGACUGGCCCCUCCUCUGACCACACAACAGGAAGUGGUUUCUACAUGUACAUCGAGGGUGAUAGUGCUAGUUAUGGUGACACGGCACGAAUCAUCAGUUCAGAGUGCACUGACAUUCAACAUCAGUGUCUUCAGUUUUGGUACCACAUGUACGGUUACAGUAGCACCAUGGGACUGAGCGUCUACCAUCUGCAGGGAAAUGUGGCCAAAGAGGUAUGGAAGAAGAGAGAAAACCAGGGAAACAUGUGGUACCGUGCACUGGUGGACCUGACACCAACAGGGAAGUUUCAGGUGAUCUUUGAGGGACGUAGAGGAAGCACACCCCUGUCAGAUGUUUCCAUUGAUGAUGUCUCUCUACACAGAGGAACCUGUGAUGAUUUAACAAACCCUGGAGUCUCAUUGCCACCCGGACCCAUCCAAACUACACCUGGACCCAUCCAAACUACAUCCAGUCCCCUUGAAACCACAGCUGCACCCAUACAAACUACAACCUCAGAGGGUGGAAGUGCAGUUUGUAACCUGAACUGUGAUUUUGACGGUGAUAUCUGCGCUUGGACUCAGAUGCCGACUGAUGCUUUUGAUUGGACAAGACAUACAGGCUCCACCCCCUCUUUGAUGACUGGCCCCUCCUCUGACCACACAACAGGAAGUGGUUUCUACAUGUACAUCGAGGGUGAUAGUGCCAGUUAUGGUGACACGGCACGUAUCAUCAGUUCAGAGUGCACUGACAUUCAAAAUCAGUGUCUUCAGUUUUGGUACCACAUGUACGGUUCCGGUAACACCAUGGGACUGAGCGUCUACCAUCUGCAGGGAAAUGUGGCCAAAGAGGUGUGGAAGAAGAGAGAAAACCAGGGAAACAUGUGGUACCGUGCACUGGUGGACCUGACACCAACAGGGAAGUUUCAGGUGAUCUUUGAGGGACGUAGAGGAAGCACACCCCUGUCAGAUGUUUCCAUUGAUGAUGUCUCUCUACACAGAGGAACCUGUAAUGAGUGA